GUCUUUGGCUUUCUUUGGCUGGAUCCAAGGUGCAAGGUCUUUGGGUUUCUUUGGCUGGAUCCAAGGUGCAAGGUCUUUGGGUUUCUUCGGCUGGAUCCAAGGUGCAAGGUCUUUGGGUUUCUUCGGCUGGAUCCAAGGUGCAAGGUCUUUGGGUUUCUUUAGCUGGAUUCAAGGUGCAAG